AUGGGCCGCGAAGAACAAAAAGAGGAGCGAGAAGUGCUCGACUCCAUCUUCCCCGACGAAAUCCAAGAUAUCUCCGACACAGAAUACCGCGUGACAGUCCAACUGGAAGCCUCUGCCGACCCGAGCGAAGAAGACGCCGACAGCAGCCCAACGCUGAUCCUCAACGUCCGUUACCCGGAAGCAUAUCCCGACGAGGCGCCGCGGCUGGACAUCACGCAGCCUCCCAAUGCACCUAAGCACCCGCACCUGGAUGUGCAGGAGGACAAGGCGCGACUCCUGGACGCGCUGCAGCCGACUAUCGAGGAGAAUCUCGGCAUGGCAAUGGUCUUCUCGCUCGUCAGUACGCUCAAGGACGCCGCGGAACUGCUCAUCUCCGAGCGGCAGCAGGCCGUGCAGGCGCUGAAGGACGUUGAAACGCGGAAAGCGGAGGCGGAGGAGAACCGGAAGUUCGAGGGGGAGAAGGUGACGCGGGAGUCGUUUUUGGCGUGGCGGGACACGUUUCAUCGCGAAAUGGCGGAGGAGAAGGCGAGGCGCGUGGUGGAGAUUGAGGCGGAGGAGAAGAAGAAGCGGGGUGGGAGGGUGGAGGAGAAGAAGUUGACGGGGAAGCAGCUUUGGGUGCAAGGGUUGGCUGGCAAGGUUGGAGAGGAGGAGGAUGAGGAGGGCGAGGAUGCUAUUGAGAGUAUGCGGACGCUCAAGGUCGAGGGUUGA